AUGGCAGAAGGGUACUGGGUGUACAGCGAUGGGCGGACGCAGGCGGGACAGCUCGCGCCCGCCCAAGCUGCCGCCCCUGUCAAGCGUCCCCGGCCCGACUACCCCGGUAAGUUCUCUUUCAUUCGUGUUGCCUCUGGGGCUGAUUCGACGGCUUAUGUGGAUUCUGUUACGCCUCUGGUUCCGCACCUUCGUCGUGCUAGGGUUUCAAUCUGCAAUUUGUCGGGCGCGUGGUUCCCUUCUGUGGGAAUUUGGCAGCAGUAUGAUGUCUUAUUGAAACGUAAAAUUAGAUGGCCCGGAGCAAGUUUUGAGAAUUCUUGUUUCAAUCAACCAGAACUCUCAUUGGGAAAAAUGAACAAGAUAAAUCAUAAUAUGACUUCAGGGGGUUUUACGUGGCAUAUUGAAACGUAAAAUUAGAUGGCCCGGAGCAAGUUUUGAGAAUUAUUGUUUCAAUCAACUAGAACUCUCAUUGGAAAAAAAGAAGAAAAAUCUUAAUAUGACUUCAGGGGUUUUUACGUGUAAGUUUGAGUAAAAUGUAGACAAGGCUUACACGCGUCUCCCAUGGAACUACCUAUUAGGAAAUUAUUGUGGUGAAAAUAAGUUUGCAAUGGUGAACCGUAACAAUCUCUGUUUGCCGUACUCCUAAAUGGUUCGAUAAUUCCGGCCACAGCUUGUAGUCGGCGCUGGUUUUGUUUAAUUCUUAACUUAGAAAGAGGAUCUAGCGUGUGAGUUUCUUAGUUGGGUUGUAAUUUGUGUCAUUGGUUUUUCUUAAAUUUAGAUUGGUGUGGAUUUCACAAAAUUAAUACUUCUAUUAGAGAAGGUGCUUCUCGUAUUGAUGUUUCUAUUGGCCAAUUUGCCUUGUGGGUGUACUUCUAUAUUUUUGUUUCUGAUUUCUCGAUAUUAGUUAGUUUUUUGAAGAUAUCGUUUUAUUAAGGUUUAGCAUCCCUGAAAAGUUCUACCAAGUUAAUUUUUACCCUUCUAAUAUUUAAUAAAGUAUUUUUUAAAAUGUUUGACUAGAAUAGUGACAGUUCAUUAUUCUCCAGUUUCCAGAUAUAUAGUUUAUAAAAAAAGUAUAAUGGAGAGUUCUUUUUAGUACUUGGUUAUUGUUUAGUCAAUUAACAGUGAAGUGAUGGUACCACGGUAUAUAUUCAUGGGGCAAGUUGAUUUUUGUACCAUGGUGUGCGUUCAUAGGCGUGAGAGAUGCUUUUACCAUAGUAUGACUCAAAAUCAAGAUGUCCACAGACUUUUGAGUUCACAAUCAAAGAGUUCUAUCAGGUAAAUCUAGCUUGACCAUUUCAGGGCAAUGACAGCCAUGAUUCAAUUUUUUCCAGAUACUUAACUGAACAUUUUGAUUUAAGUGUCUGAUAAGAUGCAAGCAUGUUAUUCCAUUAGUAUUUUUUAAGGGUUUAUAGAAACGAGGCAAAGUUUAUGUACUAUUCUGUGCAUGUUUUCUUAUGGUUUCGAACUCAAGAUUUUUUAUAAAAUUUUUAUACGCCAGAAGUUUAAGAGGGUGACAAUAUGUUGGUUUCGUGAUCUACAUUCUUCGUUAAUCCAGAUCAAUGAUUCAUGGAUUCCUGUAUACCGCUUCAGAAAAUAUAGUUACUGUGCCAAGUAUUGCUAGAAUUUCCAGUUUUAUCAGUGAAUCGUCAUUAGACAUCUUUCGGCUCCUCUCAGGGCACAUUUUUUUGGUAUGUUUAGUUUUCGAUUUUAUAUUUUGAAACAAUGUAGUUUUUGUGUUUUUUUUUUUGUCUGCUAAAAUGUUUUGCUGACUGACGCUACUUUCAUUUUGAAGAUAUGGCUGGUGGACCAGAAUAUGGUGGUUAUUUGCCCCGUGAGGAAGAAAGGGUUGGACAACAAGUAAUCAGAGAUACUGAAUCUAUUUCAGCAUCAUAUGAUCGCUACCUGCGCAAUGGGGUAAUUAAUGUGGCAUGCUAGCGGUUUGAUUAUUUUAUGCUGCUGGAAGCUACCUAACAUUAUUUGGUGGAAUUAUUUUUUUCAGCAAGUUUCUUCUUUUGGUGGUGGAGAACCAGGGCGACCGGUGAGUGGAGGAAUGCCUGCUCACCAUGUCGAGGAUCCACGUCUAAUGAAUGUUGGGACUGUGGAUAGCCGUAGCAUGGGGUAUAAUGUUGGUAGACCUGAAAUGUCUUUACCUCCGGAUGCAUCCAACACUCUUUUUGUGGAAGGCCUCCCUGCAAACUGUACUCGCAGAGAAGUUUCUCGUAUCCUUGGAUAGUCUUUACUCCGUAUUGUCUGUGAAUGUUUUUUUUUUUUAAAGUCAGAUCUAUUUUCCAUAGAUUCUCCUUAGCUUGGACCUGUAGAUGUUUUCCGUCCUUUUGUGGGAUUUCGGGAGGUUCGACUUGUGACCAAGGAAUCCAGACACGUAAGAUGUGCUCAUUUCGUUUUCAAUAUACUUGCCAUGUAUUCCUGGCUCCGUGUUGAUUAAUCGCUUAACCUGUUCCCAUUUGUUGCAGCCUGGUGGUGAUCCACUUGUUUUAUGUUUUGCUGACUUCUCUACUCCUGGCCAGGCAGCAAUUGCUCUUGAUGCCCUACAAGGUGAAAAGAUCAUGCUUGUUUGUCCUUUUCGUUUUUGUACGAAAUUUCUUCAUAUGCAACUAGGUGCCAUAUUUGAUGCUUUUAUUGAUAUUUUACUGUCACAACAAAAAGGAACAGAAUGUCUCCUAAUGUUUUCCCUUUCCAUUUAGUUUGGUUUCAAUUUUAAUAUUGUGGGUCUCGCCUAUUUAUAAUUAUAGUAUCCAUUAUCAUGUACCUGUCAGUGUUCUAUGCCGAUGGCUUUGUCGAUACUGCUCUUUGCUCCUAUAUUGCGAUGUGUUUUGAAUCAAAUUAGGCUGUUACCGGGGCACGUCUUAUUGUGCAUCUGUGAUCUAUGGCUUCGUUUAAGGAGCUGUUUACGUAGCAGAAUUCUACUGCAUAACAACUUGACGGUCUCUAGUUAUGUUAUGGCAAUGUGGUCUUAGUUUGAUUGAAAUUUCUCUUACCGUCUGUCUUCUUAAAUAAUAAUUUAUUCUUCAGAAAUUCGAUGCUGAUGCUUUGUUGUCACAAGUGACGACAGAUGAGGAAUGGCUGCAAGCUAAUAAACUGGGUUACCAUUGAAGCAGUGAUAUUGGCAAAAAGUGAAAUAAAAGAUAGAGUGGUAGAUUUAUUCUGUGCGCCCACUUUUAUCUCAGUCCUGUAGCCUGGACGGUGUGGAACUUAAAUAAACUAUUCAAUCUUUGAUUUAUUUGUGCAAUUUGGAGAGCAUUGACGGUGCUUACUUGCACUUUUUUCCUCUUCAGAUUGUGCUAAGAAACUUAGCAAAUCUGUCUUACGUUUCCUGAAAAUUUAUUGGAACUAUAAAGAAGUCUUAUUCCGUAUUGAAUUCACUUUGGUAUUCGGGAGUGCCCAUGAAUUACACUUUUUCUCAUUCCUGCAUUCUUUAAGGAUAGAUAAUUUCUAUUUAAAACGGAUGAAGUGGGUACGUGAGUGGUGAUUUAGUGGUCCAAAGCUUUGAGAAAAGCCAAAUGUGAGGGUCACUGACGUCUGUUAGAUCGGCCUGUAUGUGAGCUCGCUUCAUGUACCGGAUGUUCCAGAGUAGGGUGCCCUGUUGCGUAUCAUCGAGUAGUUACGAUUCGAUUUUGCAGGUUAUAAGUUUGACGAGCACGAUCGAGACUCAGCCAACUUAAGGCUCCAAUUCGCACGUUUUCCUGGUCCGAGGUCAGGUGGGCCUCGUGGCAGGCGUUGA